GGGGCGGGAAUGUCUAACCUGUGACUAGCCCUCUUACAGUCUAUGGACUAACGUUAGCCAAUUAUGCCUCUUUCUUUUGGCUGAAUUAAUUAAUUCUGUGCCAAUAUUAUGGCAAUUUAACCUGUUAUUAAUUUGUCUUUUAAAUAACGCGUGGAUACGUUAAAGUCUAAUCUGGCAUUUCAACGUUUGAACAUCGCGCUUCAGCUGCUAGCUAGUCAGUUAGCUUGCCAUGCUAGCUUGUUGUGAAAAUUUAGCAACAACAACAUUCCUGCUCGGAUUAUUUGUCCAGCUAAGAGAGCGACGAACUGGCAGAAAAGUAGCUACAGGAUGUCUAUUCAGUUUGAGGAACCUGCGUUAGCGGGGAGUUACGGUGUUGUGGGCUCGUUCCCUAAAAGUUUUGGUUACGGGGUGGAGGAGGCAGACAUGGAAGAGAGCUCAGCAUCAGCCGACAAACCGAGGAUACUGCUGAUGGGACUGAGGAGGAGCGGAAAGUCCUCCAUCCAGAAGGUCGUAUUCCACAAAAUGUCACCUAACGAGACUCUCUUCCUCGAGAGCACCAAUAAAAUCUACAAGGACGACAUCUCCAGCAGCUCCUUCGUCAACUUCCAGAUCUGGGACUUUCCUGGCCAGGUGGACUUCUUCGAUCCCACAUUCGACAGCGAGAUGAUCUUCAAGGGAACCGGCGCCUUGAUCUUCGUCAUUGAUGCUCAGGACGAUUACGUGGAAGCUCUUGUACGGUUACAUUUGACUGUAUCGAGAGCCUACAAAGUGAAUCCAGACAUCAACUUUGAAGUGUUCAUUCAUAAAGUAGACGGCCUGUCCGACGAUCACAAAAUAGAAACACAAAGAGACAUUCAUCAGAGGGCCAACGAUGACCUGGCAGAUGCCAGCCUGGAGAAAGUUCACCUCAGCUUCUACUUGACCAGUAUCUACGACCACUCCAUAUUCGAGGCCUUCAGUAAAGUCGUCCAGAAGCUCAUCCCUCAGUUGCCGACUCUGGAGAACCUUUUGAACAUUUUCAUAUCUCAUUCUGGGAUUGAGAAAGCCUUCCUGUUUGAUGUUGUCAGCAAGAUUUACAUCGCCACAGACAGCUCUCCUGUGGACAUGCAGUCCUACGAACUCUGCUGUGAUAUGAUAGAUGUCGUCAUUGACGUCUCCUGCAUUUACGGGCUAAUGGAGGAUGGCAGCGGCUGUGCAUAUGACAAGGAGUCUUUGGCUAUCAUCAAGCUCAACAACACUACGGUGCUUUAUUUGAAAGAGGUCACAAAGUUCCUCGCUCUCGUCUGCAUCCUCCGAGAGGAGAGCUUUGAGAGGAAAGGUUUGAUAGAGUACAACUUCCACUGUUUCCGUAAAGCCAUCCAUGAAGUUUUUGAAGUCGGCACCUCGACACCGGGCGCCGUCCAGAACCCAUCGAGCUCAUCCAGCAGCAGCCUGACGGGCUUAAAAUACGCCGCACUGAACGGAAGCGCCGUUUAAAAAGAGGCGAAAAGACGACGCAAGUUUACUGUAAUUCUUUUUUUUUUGGUUUACCUGAAGUGCAGUGAGGGUGGAGAAAUAAUAUGAAAGCACUUGAAAAAAAAAACACACGUUGCCUUUUGUUUUGUGCAACUCAAUGUGAAUCAGUUUUGAGAAGCGCAGCUGCAGCCGAUGAACUGAGCUCAGAUAACAGACCUGAACUUGAACUGAGAGGUUAAAAAAAAAAAAAGAAAAGAAGAAGAAAAGAUCGUCUUUAUGAGCCUUUUGGUCUUAAUCUGAUCUACCUGCUUCUCUUUUUCUGGCUCAUGUCAAGGAGAAGAAAUAAAUUAGUCAAGCUUGCGUGGAUUUAUACUCUUUACUUGUGACAUAUGCCAAAAAAUAAUAUACGUACCAUGAUUUUUUUUUUGUUCCCACUUUCUGCACAAUUAUCAAUAUGUCAGCUGUGUUUACCUUCUUGGCCAGUUAAUUCUGUGUACUCUGCAACAUAAAAAUAUUUGUGAAAGAGUCUUGUGGUACAAGUUUUAAGUGCUUUCUGUCAGACUUUAGCACAAUGUAAACGCUCCAUUGACCCAACUAGAAAACUGGGCUUGAAGCAUGUUUCCACGUGUUUUAUUGCACAUUUCUACGACAGCACAAACUUCUUUCAUGUUCCUGCUCAUUUUAUUUUGAAAUAUUGAGUGCCGUAAGUGGGUUUAAUCCCUUGAUAUGAAGAAAAAAAAAAAAAAGAAAAGUCCUGUGGAGCGCAGUGUUUGUUCUUCGGUAUGUUUUCUGUUGAUAAUGACUCAUGCGACCAGCGCUCUGCUCAGGAUCUCCACAGACCAGAACUGUGCCAGCUCCACCAUUAGAGCCUUGGGUUGAUUAACAGAGGAGGCGACAGCGUUUUUUUCAGUCUUAAUGGAGUUUGGAAUAACUGAUGAUGCUUUCUCACUCGGCCGACGUGCCACGCCUGCUGACAGCUGACUUUUUGUAGCUUGAUGAACAUUUCGGCCAAAUUUACAACAAACACAGAUUCUGUUUGUAGCAGUUUUGCUUUUCUGGAUGACUUGAGUUGGAACCUGAUUAAUAUUUCAGAGGCCAUGAGGAUUUGUUUUUAUUAUUGUACAUAAUACUUUAAUAAAAUAAGUUUCUAUUUUGCUGA